ACAACAAAAAGAGUGUUGAAAUGGCUGAGGAAAAAGGGAGGGUUUGUGUAACUGGAGGGACAGGUUUUCUUGGUUCAUGGAUUAUCAAAAGACUACUUGAAGAUGGUUACUCUGUUAAUACCACUGUUAGAGCUGAUCCAGAACGUAAGAGAGACCUUAGCUUCCUCACAAAUCUUCCUAAUGCAUCUGAAAGACUACAAUUUUUCAACGCCGAUCUAAGCAAUCCAGAAAGUUUUUCCACAGCAAUUGAAGGUUGUGUUGGGAUAUUCCACACUGCAUCUCCAAUUGAUUUUGCAGUUAGUGAACCUGAAGAAGUUGUGACAAAAAGAACAGUUGAUGGAGCAUUAGGCAUUUUAAAAGCAUGUGUUCAUUCAAAGACAGUAAAAAGAGUUAUAUACACUUCAAGUGGCUCUGCUGUUUCAUUCACUGGAAAAGACAAACAAGUCUUGGAUGAGAGUGAUUGGAGUGAUGUUGAUUUGUUUAGAACUGUCAAACCAUUUGGUUGGUCUUAUGGAGUUUCAAAGACUUUGGCAGAAAAAGCAGUGCUUCAAUUUGGUGAACAACAUGGUCUUGAUGUUGUCACUUUGGUUCUUCCUUUUAUUGUUGGACGUUUCAUUUGUCCUAAGCUUCCUGAUUCUAUUGAGAAAGCUCUUGUUUUGGUAUUAGGUACAAAUUUUGAACCUUAUUCCACUCAUCACAUUUCUUUUAUUUUCUUAUGUUUAUUAAUUGAGAUUGAUUUGAAUAAUUUUGAGAUCUAAAUGAGUGGAUUGUGGUAUUUAGAGUGAGAUUUUUUAACACUGAUUUUAAUUUAAUGUUGGCCUAAUUGUAGUUUUGUUCCUCUAUUUUAACUGAA